CGAAACAGUACUGAUUAGAACGUCGGCCGAGGUGGCCGCAUUGCAUGUGCACACGACCGGAGAUGUGAUAGAUCCGUACCAAGCACGUGACGCGCUCUUGUUGCCUUUGCUUUUCGCGCUGUAUUUAAACUGUUGUGUUUUGAAAAGUAAUAUCCGGUGAUCGUGAUUGAUCGCAUCCAGCCACAGGUGAACGGGAAUCGUUAAAGUGUUGCAGACAUUUCCCAACCCUCUAUGCACGUUUUUGGACGCAAUCACCAUGGGUAGAACGGAACCGUUGAUCGUAAAGUACAAAAACAAAUGGUACGACCUGACAGACUUUGCCCACAAACAUCCCGGUGGGACAAAUUCACUCACCGGUCUGCACAAUAAAGACAUGGCGGAGCGUUUCGAACGUGCGCCGGGACAUUCGCAGGCCGCCAAGUAUCUGAUGAAGGAAUACCAGCUCAACGGUACGUCCGACACUGCCACCGAAACCAAACCGAACGGAUACUCUCUAAACGGUACCAAAGCAACGGUGAACGGUACCGUCACGAAUGGCUUGAAAAAUGGAGUCAAACCGACGAGUAACGGAUUACACGCGAAUGGCAAUGUAACGCACCUCACGGACGACAGCAUGGAGUACCUGGUGGACUGGAACAAACCGAUGCUGUUUCAAAUACAUAAAAUCGGUGACAAAUAUGCGGAAUGGGUGAACAAACCCGUGGACCGUGAGUUACGUCUGCUCGGUCCGAGCUGGCUGGAAAACAUGACCAAAACCCCCUGGUGGAUCGUGCCCGGCUUUUGGAUACCUGCCAUCUUUUACAUUAUCGUACAGUACGGGGCGAAAGAUUUGGCCACUGGGCGAGGAUGGAACGAUCCGAACCAAGCGUUUGUUAGUGUGGAUCUGUACCUGCAUCUAGUCAUCGGUGCGUUCGCCUGGACACUGCUCGAGUAUUCGCUGCACCGUUGGGUGUUUCAUCUCGAUCCGAAGAGUAACCGAUUCCUGCAGACGUUCCACUUUCUAAUACAUGGCCAACACCAUAAGGUUCCGUUCGAUCCGUACCGGUUAGUGUUUCCGGUACCGCCUGCCAUACUGCUGACGACCAUCUUCUAUCAACCGGUGUACUAUGCGUUCCCAUACCCUAGGCUUACACUCGCGGGCGGAUUGAUAGGUUAUCUUAUAUACGAUAUGAUACAUUACUAUCUUCACUAUGGUAGCCCAUCCGGAGGACAUCUGUAUCACAUGAAGCGAUAUCAUUAUUCCCAUCACUUUGUCCAUCACGAUCAAGGUUACGGUAUUAGCAGCGACAUCUGGGAUAAACUAUUCGGGACGCGCAUUAUACUAAGAAAGCUUAAGUAUCUUUUAAAGUGGUAAAGCAGUGCAACAGCAGAGGAAGAAAAAUAAAUCCUGC